CAGGUCCAGUGCUGGGAACAAAGCAGAGGAGCAGCCUGGGUGAGCCAUUUUCUGCAGAAAGGACGAGUGAAGGCUGAACGCCCCUGCCUCGUUGAGGAGCGUGGAGUGAGGACUGGAAGGAAAGUCCUGGCAGUGGAAUGACAGGCUGUGUGCUGGUCGUGCCUGUGGUAACCCUGUCACAGUGGGAAUGAGCAUCCACAUCUCCAGCAUUGACCAGAUCUCUGAAGUCAACAUGGAUUACACCAUCACCAUGUACUUCCAGCAGAGCUGGCGGGACAAACGCCUGGCCUACAAUGACCUUCCUCUCAACCUGACCCUGGACAACAGGGUGGCUGACCAGCUGUGGCUGCCUGACACCUACUUCCUGAACGACAAGAAGUCCUUUCUGCACGGGGUGACGGUGAAGAACCGCAUGAUCCGGCUCCACCCCGACGGGACCGUCCUCUACGGCCUCAGGAUCACCACCACGGCCGCCUGCAUGAUGGACCUGCGGAGGUACCCUCUGGACCAGCAGAACUGCACGCUGGAGAUCGAGAGCUAUGGUUACACCGUGGAUGACAUUGUCUUCUUCUGGCAAGGGAAUGACUCUGCUGUCACGGGGAUGGAGGUGCUGGAGCUGCCCCAGUUCACCAUCAUCGAGCAGAGGCUGGUCAGCAGGGAAGUGGUCUUCACCACUGGUUCGUAUCUGCGCCUAUCCCUGAGUUUCAGGAUUAAGAGGAACAUUGGUUACUUCAUCCUGCAGACCUACAUGCCCUCCAUCCUCAUCACCAUCCUGUCCUGGGUCUCCUUCUGGAUCAACUAUGAUGCUUCUGCUGCACGGGUGGCACUGGGGGUCACCACGGUGCUUACCAUGACAACCAUCAACACCCACCUGCGGGAGACUCUCCCCAAGAUCCCCUACGUCAAGGCUAUUGAUGUUUAUCUCAUGGGCUGCUUCGUCUUCGUGUUCCUGGCCCUCCUGGAGUAUGCUUUUGUCAAUUACAUAUUCUUCGGGCGAGGGCCGCGGCAGCAGAAGAAGCAGAGCGAGCGCGUCAGCAAGGCCAACAACGAGCGCCACCGCUACGAGGAGAAGAGGGUGAGAGAGCAGGUUGACCCUUACGGUAACAUCCUCCUCAGCACGCUGGAGAUGAACAACGAGCUGCUGGCCACGGACAUGAUGAGCAGCGUGGGCGACUCUCGAAACUCUGUCAUGUCCUUCGAAGGCUCAGGAAUCCAGUUCCGCAAGCCGCUGGCCUCUCGGGAUGGCUUUGGCCACCACCCGACCCUGGACCGCCACGUCCCUCUGAGCCACCACGCCGCCGCCCGCAACCGCGCCAACUGCCGCCUGCGCCGGCGGUCGUCCAAGCUGAAGCUCAAAAUCCCAGACCUGACAGACGUCAGCACCAUUGACAAGUGGUCACGGAUCAUUUUUCCAAUCACUUUUGGAUUCUUCAACCUUGUUUACUGGUUGUACUAUGUAAAUUGAUGCCUGCGGCCUCUGAGAGAGAUAAUAGGGACAGACACUCAGACAAUGACAACACAGGAGUGUUGUGGUCUUUUGGGUUUGGGUUUUACUCUUUACUAUCAUUGUCAUUUAUUCCUAUGGUUCAUUAGAUUUAUUCUAAGCUUA